AUGUGGUAUAAAACCGAUGGUCAGAUCAUACUUAUAUUCAAGUUAUUCAUCGUCAUCGAAGUUCUGUACUUGACAGCGCUAGUCCUCGUCAAAGCAGCAAUCCUAUGCUUCUUCCUCCGAAUCUUCCCCGACCACAAGUUCAGAAUCGUAGUCAAGUGCACCAUGGUCUUUAACGCUCUGAUCUGGGUUGCAUUCUUCAUCUUUGUCUCCUUCCAGAUCCAGCCGUUUUCACUAUUUUGGAAUGGGUGGCAGCAGAAGAAGGGUCAUCUUAUUCUGACCGGGUUUACUAAUUUCACUCUGCCGCUUGCGGGGAUAAAUCUGGUGCUGGAUAUCUGGAUGCUCAUUCUGCCCAUGACGCAGCUCUGGGGAAUGGGGUUGAAGCUGAAGAAGAAACUCGGUGUCAUUAGCAUGUUCAGUGUUGGGAUAUUUCUUACAAUUGUCGCUGCGAUUCGAGUUCGCGAACUUGUAGCUUUUCGACUCUCUCAGGACUUAACAGUCGCCCACGCACAAUCAGCCUUCGUCUGGUCAAACGUGGAGGUUUCGGUCGGCGUCAUAGUCGCUUGCAUGCCGCGCGUUAGGCAUCUGGUGAGGCAUAUAAUAUCGCGAUACAGAGCAAGGAAAGGAACCGAGCCGCGACAAAACAGCAGGAAAAUAUUCGUCGAUCGAUCGCUUGCGACUAUUACGGUGGAGGACUCGCAGGCGAUUGAGCUGAACGAUGAAGGUGGACUUUUGACGGCGAAUACGUGUACGACAGCUUCAUCGGCGACAAGAGUUGGGACAACAUCAUCGACAAAAGGUGGGAGAAAAGACAGUAAAUCAUGUGCGACGGUCAGUUUUGCAAGCGAUGGAGAUACCCAAGUGUAA